AGCAUGAUGUAACGACGGCAGAUGAAUGCUAACCGACAUAUCACCAUCAUGGGCUAGUUGAACUGCAUGCUGUAUGACUCUACUUGGGAGAAUGUUAUCAGCUGCAACACCUCAGACAGUACGUGAAGUGUCUAGGGGCUCAGGUUCCAAAGAAAUCCAGUGUUCAAAGGAUGAAAAACCAAGCAGUAAAAACACUGAUCUCUACGAGUCAUCGACACCAAGAAAUGGAUGGCAGCUUAAAGAAAUUUUAAAAACUAACUGGAAGUUCCUGGUCGUUGUUGUAUUCGUCUUGCUCGGUGUCAUUGCUUAUUCGUUACUGGUUAAGCGAGGUAUCACCAUCAUUAUGCCUAUCUUCAUCUAUCCAGGAUUUAUGAUAUCUGGCUGCUCAUUCCUCGUUGGYGUUUACAGGCGAGGUAGUGGUACUACAGUCGAAUGUAUACAUGUAAGUAAAUCAACUCCACCUAAAGAGGAACAAAACACCAAGUCUGAAAGCGAUGUCAAGGUUACGACAGACACCAAGAUAACAAGUAACGUACAGCCAAAUGUGUCAAGCGCUCCACCCCCUCCCCCUCCCCCACCCACUCCAUCGCCUUCAAACAAGAAAUUGGUUGUGGAAUGUAGGAAAUUAUUAUGGGAUGUUGUUGGGCAUAAUUCGCUGAGUAGUGAUACGAUAUGGAGUAAGGUAAGCUCRAUCAGCCUGGCACACACUAAACUACCUUCAGACAAAGUGAUUGCUGCGCUGUUGURUGGAAAACCUGAUUUACCGACUGACUUACUCGAGACUCUCUUAAAAUUUUCCCCAAAUGAAAUAGAGGAAUCUGCUCUCAAAAAACAAGGGAAAACAGAUCCAUCAUUAUUCGGUGACGUGGAAAGGUUUUACUUUAAGAUCAUCUCCAAAAUACCGACGUACAAGGAGCGACUGAGGACCAUGCUAUUGAAAGCCCAGCUACAAGAACGAAUCAACAACAUUCAGCCGCAUCUACAGACUGUCAUUGUUGCGUCUGAUGAAGUUCGACAGAGCAGUCUUUUAAGAGAUUUUCUCCAGUUUGUGUUGACGGUUGGCAACUUCAUGAACAGAAGUAGAACUCGUGGAUUCAAGAUUUCGUUCCUUGGCAAGCUGAUAUCCAUCAAAUCAAAUGUAGAUAAGAAGACAACGUUUUUAGAUUUCAUUGUGAAAGGUUUCAAGGCUUCGCAUCCAAACAUGAUCAAAAUGAUCAAAGAAUUGUCACAUGUCAAUGCRGCUGCUAAAAUUAAUUUCAAACACUUGGAAUUCGAGAUCAAUGAACUUAGCGGAGAAUUAAAGGUGCUUGAUAAUGAUGUCAAAAAGAUCAACAACAGCAAAGAACUUGAWACAACAUUCAAAGAAAACGUUAGAGUAUUUGUAGAGCAUGUCCAUCAGAAGUUUCAGUCUCUUAUUGCACUGAGAAAUACAGCURCAACAAGCUUGGAGGAGACCCUGGAGUUCUUUGGUGAAGGACGAGGGACAACCAUUACAAAUGAACAGUUUUUUGGGACUGUCACUACAUUCUUGCGACAUUUAGAGGAGUCACUCAAGAAGCAAUGAAGGCGUUCUGAAUGAGAUCCAUAUAUGGAGAAGUGCACUGCUGACAUCAAUAAAAUACUGAAGUGUUCAAUUUGUACAAAGUUGUACAUUAAAUUACGCUAACAUGUACUUAUAACUUCAGUACAUUUUAAGAAAAACAAUUUUUGGAAAUGAUGCGAAACUUUGAAGAACAAUGUAUCUCAGAUAAUAAUCAAGCAAAGCUGAUUUCACAAAUCGCCACACCCAAAUAUGAUCCAACAAGCUGAUAACUGGAGAAUUUGAGCCCGCGCUUGGAAUCUACGGGUUGAAAACGUACAUGAUGGUUGUAUUGUUUUAUACCUACAUUCAACAAAUUACGCGCGGUUUUGAGUUGUAUGUCCUCUUAUUGACACACUCUUGACGUCAUGAGUUACAAUGGAACCGUGUUCAUAUUUAACACAUUGUAAAUCUAAAAAUUAUUAAAAAUAUAUUAUUUUCUUUCAACUAACAUGAUGACGUUGAGGCGUGAUGCAUGCAUGCUAAUAACCCUUUUYGCGCUUUGUUUUUGGUUUUAACCGCGAAAAGUUCUAUCAGCCAAUCAGCCAGCGAGAAUUAACAGAAGUCUGGUAAAAAGUCAUUUUCAUUGAACGCAUCGCCUUAYCAAAUAUUUUUCACGGUGAAAUAGUUGUGUAAAAUACAKAUGAUGUAAUUAGUGGAUGGAAAUUGUUGUUCCAGUCUCCAAAGGGAAUAAAAAUCACAAUAAGAAUGGAAGUGCCUUGAUAGCCUUAGUAAAAUGACAACAYUGWACAUUUUUGGGAUACCAUGACCUGCCCGUGAGAAUGUAUGUUAAAAAUGAAAUAAAUAUCAAA